AGAGAAUAUAAUUUGAUCAUAGCAUAACUAGUGCAUGGCAAAGGAACUGUUUUGUUGAGGAUUUUUAAUGUAUUCAUCAUAGCUUUCAAUGUGGUAUACUUUUACUUCUCUCCUAGUCUUCAACCUUAAGGAAAAACACUGUAAUUUUAUUUUACCAAAAACAUAAGAAAUUUUCUUCCAAUGUAGUUUCUGUCUUCCCUCUAAAACAGAAUUGAGGCAUUGUCUAGUAACAAGGUGGGGAAAUCAGUUUCCUCAAGAGGAAACAUAGUUUCUAUUGGUCACCUCCCUCAGCUGUUUACUGAGAAGAAUUUUUUUGAUUUCAGUUACGGUAAAGCUCUUUGGAUUUUAGCCAAAUUCUCUGAGUUCAAAAGUACAAAGCUCUUUAGGAGGCUUGCUCUUUUUAAAUAUUUUUUCAGAGGUUAAAAAUUAAAUUUCAAAAGACUAUCCAGGGUAGAGAAGAGACCCUGAAAGCCUCCAACAUGAAGCUUGCUCAUGUUAUUUUGUUAUUUUUGUGCUUCUACAAAAGUUUUUGCAAGGAUACAGAUGAAAAUCAAGAACAAUGGACAAAGAAACCACAGCUUCUUUCGACAUCAUACAUACCUCAAAAGGAUCUGCUAGACAACAAGUGCCUAAUUGAAAAAUACACACAUCUCUCCUGCAAAAAAGUCUUCUGUCAACCAUGGCAGAAAUGCAUCGAUGGGACCUGUAUCUGUAAACUCCCUUAUCAGUGCCCAAAGAAUGGUACCUCAGUGUGUUCAACUAAUGGGAAAAGCUACCUAACUUACUGUCAGCAGAAGAGUUUUGAAUGUCUUCAGCCAAAGGCAAAGUUUUUAAAUAGUGGAACAUGCAUAGCUGAAGGACAAUUUAGUGUUUCCUUAAAGUAUGGAACUACCACUUCUGAGGGAAUUGUUGAAGUAAAACUUGUAGACCAAGAUAAGAAAAUGUUCAUAUGUAAAAAAGCCUGGAGCAUAGUGGAGGCUAAUGUGGCCUGUCUUGAACUUGGAUUUCAACAAGGUGCUUUGGAGGCUCAAAAAAGUUUUGAAGUUCCUGAAGAUCUCCAUAUAAAUUCUACCGAAUGUCUGCAUGUGCAUUGUCGAGGAUUAGAAACUAGUUUGGCUGAAUGCACUUUUAUUAAGAGAAGAACUAAAAAUUACCAGGAUUUAGCUGGUGUGGUAUGUUACACACAGAAUACAGUUUCUUCAGCAAAUGACUCCUUUCGUUGUGUGAAUGGGAAAUAUAUUCCUCAAAAGAAAACCUGUAAUGGUGUCAAUGACUGUGGAGACCAAAGUGAUGAGCUGUGCUGUAAAGGAUGCCGAGGCAAAAGUUUCCUUUGUAAAUCCGGUGUUUGUAUUCCAAAUAAGUAUAAGUGCAAUGGUGAGCUGGACUGCAUUACAGGAGAAGAUGAAAUUGGUUGUAAAGAGGAAACAGAACUUUUGACUGCUAAUAUGGAUGCAGAAAGAAAACGGAUAAAGUCACUUCUCCCUAAACUAUCCUGUGGAGUUAAACCCAUCCGGCCCACUCGAAGGAAACGAGUUGUCGGAGGAAAGCCAGCAGAAGUGGGAGACUUCCCGUGGCAGGUGGCAAUUAAGGAUAAUGAGAAAAUCAACUGUGGAGGAAUUUAUAUUGGAGGCUGUUGGAUUCUAACUGCUGCACACUGUGUCAGUGUCAGUAAAGCUCACCAUUACCAAAUAUGGACAUCAUUUCUACAUCUGUUAAGACCUGAGGAAGAGCUAGUUGUUCAGCUAGCAAAAAUUAUUAUCCAUGAAAACUACAACGGAAGCAGCUAUGAAAAUGACAUAGCUUUGAUUGAAAUGAAAAAACACUCAAAGAGAAAAGAAUGUGUGCUGCCUAAUUCUGUCCCUGCCUGUGUCCUGUCUCCAUAUCUAUUCCAACCUAAUGACAGAUGCAUUAUUUCUGGCUGGGGCCGAGAAAAAGAUAACCAAAAAGUCUAUUCACUUCAGUGGGGUGAAGUUAAGCUACUAAACAACUGCUCCAAGUUUUACCCGGGUCGCUACUUUGAAAAAAAAAUGGAAUGUGCAGGUACAGAUGACGGUUCCAUCGAUGCCUGUAAAGGGGACUCUGGAGGCCCCUUAGUCUGUCAAGAUAUCAACAAUGUGACUUAUGUUUGGGGUGUUGUGAGUUGGGGUGAAAACUGCGGAAAACCAGAGUUCCCUGGUGUUUACACUAAAGUGGCCAAUUAUUUUGACUGGAUUAGCUAUCAUGUAGGAAGGUCUCUUAUUUCUCAGUACAAUAUAUGAAAUUGUGAUCUCUUCUGCUCUUUUCCUCUUGGGAGUUGGAUUUUGAUUGAAAUGAUACUACAGGAUUAGUACUUCUCUAGGGAAAAAAUAAUAAAGCACAUUUAUUGGAUAUUUUUAAAGAUCUCUAACAAGCCAUAUUAGAACUUUGCUGUAAAUUAUCAAAUAAAUAUUUUAGUCGAGCAUA